CUGACCUACCGAGACUCCGAGAGGACCCAUAUUGCCUGGCUUCCAGAACAUUACUUCGCCUUUUUUGUGUCCACCCCACGCCGGCCUAUCCAUCACGCACCUUUCUACCGCCUGAAACGUGCCUUCUCACCUUUUUCAAAAGUACCUCAAGCGCCUGCUCCUUUGUCUCUCUUGUUGCCUGGUCAAAUACGCUGGCGAAGAGCUACGGCAGAUCGAGUCAAUCAAUUCAGGCUUCCAUCGCCUCAGGGAAUCAAGAAUCCUCCAGGCCAGCUCAAUCCCGGCUAUUCAGUAGCUGUUUCGGCCCCUUCUCACCGCAUGACCAACCACAGUGCCAUAGUCCGUUCGACGAUCCUCGGCCUCAUUCAAUCUAUCCGUCCAGAUGAUGCAGUAAUCAACCGGUGAGAGACGACUCAGGCCUGGUCGGAGGGAAAGUCCACAUCAUGGCUUCGGCCGAGCCGACCUUUGUUGAUCCCGACCGCAAAGGCAAGGUUUCGAAACGCUCGUCCAACUCCUACACCAGCGAAGAGUGGCGAAGACACCGGCCUUUAAUCACCCAGCUUUAUUUCGAAGAGGGUCGUACUUUAAAAGAUGUGGCCGAACACCUGAAAAAGGAAUUCGAUUUUACUCCCACGGAGCGUAUGUACAAAAGUCGCCUCCACACAUGGGGUCUAGACAAGAAGAAGAAAGAGCAUGAAAUGCUUGAUUUGGUCCGUCAAGGCUUACAGCAGAAAGGAGAUGACAAGGAUAAAGUCUUCCUCGUACGGGGGAGGCAAGUUAGCCUGGCCGACGCGCUUCACUACUUCAAUCGUAAAGGUAUCAAAGAUCCAUCCAGUCUGUUGGAGCCUCAAGCGGAUGGAUCUGGCGACUUGUCCUCCCCCGAAGAGGCCGAGGCCAAGACACCUCUCUCCUUCGACGACGACAUGCUCGAGCCACCGCUUGAGACUUCCGAGUAUGAGCUCUCACGCAGUCCUAUGGAGAUCGACGGUCACAACAAGUCGAUCAUGCCUCUGGCUAUCAACCCAUCCGAUAUUGCAGACAAGCGACUAGCAUCGCUGCAGCAAGCCUUGAAUAUUCCACAUCUCAAUCCUAUGCCACCCUUCAGGACGUUGGCGGUCGAGUCGACUGUGGUGCAGCAGCCUAACGUGACCGCGGCCGACCAACGGUAUUUGGACACCAUAUUUCAAAACAUGCAAAAACAUUAUAUGAGUCUCUUCACUGCGAGAAAUCUGUCGGUCCGCAACACUACCGGUACAUGGACCGCCACUUCCGAUGACGCUCUCGCGGAUCGUUUCUACUAUUCCAUGUACCAUGGCUACUCGUUUUUGUGGAAUGGGCAAAGAGAUCGAGCAUUCGACAAUUUCUACAAGGCCUUUGCUCUCAUCGAGGGUCUCCUCAAGGAUGAUCAUGUUGGGUUCAUGAUUUACAUCUUCGAUCUGAUCAUCCGACACGAUGGAACAGGGUACGAGGAGCCACUGCUCAUGUUGUUACAGCAUCUUGCAGACAUGGCCAAAGCUGUCUUUGAGUCAGAGGAGCACCCCAUUUUCCUCAUUGCUAAUUACAUGAACCAUUCCACGGUGUCUCGGGCAUGGUUGGCCGAAUCUACGUUGCGAAGGUUACUGGAUUUCUUCCAGGAUAGCAUAGGAUACUUUCACCCCGAGACGAUUGCGUUGUUGCAGACCUUUGCCACCGGCUUGAUGAACCGACAGCGAUAUUCGGAGGCGGCGGUGCGAUUUCAACAACUGGUUGAUGCAUUCGAAACCACGAUGAGCAAGCACUGCUACGAGGUGUGUUACGCAUUGCGAUCGACAUCCGAAGCAUAUUUCCACAUGGAGCAGUAUGAAAAGUCAUUACAGGCCCUCAAAGCAGCACUGGACCGGGCCGAAUGCUUGCCGCGACCGGAAGAACGAGAGAUCUACGUGCGAUGCUUGAGAGGAAUGGCCGAAAUUUUCAAUAAAUUAGGUCGGAAAGACGAAGCUGUCGAAACCAUGCAGCAUGUUGUUGAUAUAUGCCGGGAUUCCUUUGGUCCAGAGCACCCAUUCACCAAUCGAGCUAGGAUGCAUCUGAAGUCAAUAUCAAAGGGAGAAAGCACGAGCGAAGCGGCCAUUCCACCCAUGGUGUAUAGACUAGGUCGAGGCGGGAGUGCGGCCAAAUACAUCUGGAUCUCGAGGUCCAGUCCUACCCGGCUGCAGGCUUGAAGGCGAACUUUUUGCGCAGCUGCUUUACGAUCUACACGACUAAUGACCAUGACACAAUUCCCGUGUUUGCGACGGCCGAAUACCUGGGUAUCAAAACAUUGUAUACCUUAAGGCGGCCUAUUCGAUCAUCCAUUUAGCGUCCGGGGUGAAUAAUCAAUGGAAACAGGAUUGUUACCGAGGCGUAAGGCUUCCCAUGUCCGACCUGACCUGUCACUUUAGCAAUGAGUACCUCGUAUCUCAAAUUGUUUGGCAGUCGGAAUGAGGAAUGAGUUGCUGCCGAGUGACUGUCCCGCUGGGACCAAUUUGUACGAGGCCAAGCAACGGAUCCUGGGGGAACAAAUUCAGCAAGGCGUCGCCUAGCCGGGCAUCUUGUCAUGCGAAGAUGGACAGAAUAAUGUGCUCUAGAUGCGCACUUCAUUGUCCAGACAUGAGCUGGGGCUAUUUUGGUAUCCCUCAUGGCGAGAUUGGCACUCCGAUGUGCCAAUGACGAGCGCCAAUCUUCAGGGUGUCUCCCGGGGCUAAAUACUGCUUAUGGGGUCCGGUUGACAGCCUUUGAGCUCCGUAGCUUCUUUGAUGACUUAUCGACCUGGAGAGGCUUCACAGACUCAAAAGGGUUCCCAGCAAACAACAUGCAGCCUCACCAGGCCAGAUGCUGUAUUGUACGGAGUACCUACUUUGACUCUACGGAACACAGUAGGUUUGACAUUUCAUACAAUUGAUACUCCAUAGUCAAUGCCUCCUUAGAUGGCCGCAGUCAGCAUAGGACAGUUAUUUACGGAGUUGGUUCUGC